CUUCUUUAACUUUACUUUUCUUUACUUUGCCUAAACACAUCUUUGUACUCUAAAGAAAAACUAAAUUUUAUUUUAUUUUAUUCUAAAUAAUAAUAAUAAUUUCAUUUUCAAUACGAAAAGAAGUAUAGAAACCAACAUACUUACAUACAUAAAAAAAGACACAAUGGAAAUCGCAGUACGGAAAGCAACUCGACUGGACUACCAACCACCUAAACAAAAACAUUUGUCAACCUUGAUUUCCUUAACUUUUCAGAAUCCAGCUUUGAUCGCAGACAUGAUGGAUUUAUUAGAAAGAAGAUUACGAGAAAACUCUUGGAUCAUUGUGUUCAAGGUCUUGAUCAUCACUCAUGUCUUGAUGAGAGAUGGCAACAACGAACGUGUGAUGGAUUACAUGGGAAAACAUCCAUCGGCAUUGGAUACAUCACGCCUCCGGGAAAAGUCAUCGGGCGUGAUUCAAAUACAACACAUCUACGUCUACACAGCGUACCUUGCACAAAGGGUUGCGGUCUAUCGUGAAUUGAAUUUUGAUCACAUCCAAGCAAUCAAAACCAACAAGGAGGGACGUCUGAGACACCUUACUGUUGCAAAAGGCCUCUUGCGCGAAACAAUAGCUCUUCAAAAACAACUGUCUGCUUUAUUAAAAUGCAAGUUUCAUUUGGAAGAUACAGAUAAUAGCAUCAGUCUUUUUGCUACACGAUUCUUGGUGGAGGAUCUUAUGGUACUUUUUCAGGUUACUAAUGAAGGUGUUGUCAAUAUAUUGGAGCACUAUUUUGCUAUGAGCAAACAUGAUGCGCGGGCCUCUUUAGAUAUCUACAAACGAUUUGCAAGACAAACAGAAGAAAUAAUCGAGUUCCUAAAUCGAGCACGACACUUGCAAAGUGAAUUACAAAUGUCGAUUCCAGCCAUAAAACAUGCACCUUUAUCGCUGGCAGAGGCAUUAGAAGAAUACCUAAAUGAUACAGAGCGUGAUGGAGCACCAAAGCAAGACACCUUAAAAGUAUCUUCACCAACCGUUUCUUCACCAAAAACAUCUUCGCCAUCUAAUCUAGCUACACAGUCAGCAUUCUCUACUGUCCAACCACCAGUUGUACAAGAAAAUCAACGCCCAACUGAGUUAAUUGAUUUCUUUUCGAGUCUCGAAAAAGAACAGGCUACAGUUUAUUAUAAUCAAGCUGGACAGGCUUCUUUUAAUUCAUCUCCUACAAGUCUACAACCCACACAAAGCUUCAGUCCGGCGACGAUGCAAAGCCAACACAAUCCGUUUCGAGCCACGAUGGUCCAGCCACAAUCUUUUGACCCUCUAACCAACCUAUCUUCUUUACCUGCCGGAUCUCUCGUUCAGUCUCCAGCCACAAUCACCAACGCAAAUCCUUUCCGCUCCAAUACUUUACCGCCUCCUUCGUCGGCCCAGAACAGUCUGUCUGUUUUGGGAUCAUCGUUUGGAAGUAUGACAAUGCCACCAGGAUCUAUCAAUAAUAACAACAAUAAUACUGGUGGUGCUGGUAUAUCUUUCCAAGGUCUGCAAGCGCAAAUGACGGGCAUGCCUGCUGCACAAUCGACGGUGCAAAGAAGCCAAACCUUUUCGCAGUUCCAAACACCCUUGCCAACCUCACAAAAUGCCUUUAAUCCGUUUGCUCACACAACUCAGCAGAAUACACUGGAUAUCGCGGCUCCCAUAAAUCCGUUUGGUCACCCGCACACUUUACAGUCACUACAGAAGCCAACCCACAUGAACGCAUCUCCAUGGGGAUCUUCUGCAUUUUAAGGAAGAAAAUAAAAUAAAAAUAAAAAUAAAAUAAAUAAACAAGAAACAAAUAAUAAUACUAAUACU